AUUGCCUGUGGACUGUUCUGUUGACUGUAAACAUACAGUAUGUUUCAAGUAUUUGGGAAAUGUAUUCCUACUUUGUAUUCCUACACAGUAUUUACAGUAUUUUACUAUUUGUAUUGAGGUGUCGCUCUGUCUUUCAUAUAUGUCUUUACCGAGCAGCAUUUCUCAAGAGCCAAGCUUGACACAAUAGGUAGUAGAGAACAUGUGGUCUUGUGUCCUAAAUAGGACAUACAGUGUCACGUCAGGCCGGCCAAUCAGCCACAGUCUUGUCUGUGAGGAGUGCAGAAAGAUUCUUUUUUUUUUGUUCACUCAAGUCAGCAGCACGAUGACAGCUCCAGCAUUUGUUUUCUGUCUGACCUGUUUGUUCUUGGGCAAGAUGGCCCGGAUGGCUGAUCUGUCCUCAUCUGUUCAUCAACAUAGUGCUUUUGUGUCGGCUAAUGUUGGCGACAGCUUGACAUUACCUUGUUUCUAUAAAGAUUACAUGUCAACAAUGUUUUACUGGUACAAGCAGAGUGUGGGGCAGAAACCAACGCUCAUCUCUACCUACUACAAGUACGAAAGAAGUGGACUUUUACAUGAAGAAUUCAAGAACAAUCCACGCUUCACACUGGAUACCAAAAAUGGGUCAUAUAUCUUAAAGAUCUCAGAUGUACACAUUUCAGACUCGGCUACUUACCACUGUGUGAGCAGCCACUCGGCAUCAUACGAAUUUGGAGGGGGUGUUACUGUCAGUGUGAAGGGUUCAGGUUUGAACAUCCCAGCUUCGGUCUAUCAGUCAGCAUCUGAGAUCAUCCAGCCAGGAGACUCUGUGAGUCUGAACUGUACAGUACACACUGGGACCUGUGAUGGAGAACACAGUGUUUACUGGUUCAAACACUCCCAAAAAUCUCAUCCAGGACUCAUUUACACCCAUGGAGGCAGGAACGAUCAGUGUGAGAGGAAAGACAACACACAAACACACACCUGUGUCUACAACUUACCAAUGCAGAGCCUGAAUCUUUCUCAUGCUGGGACCUACUACUGUGCUGUCGCCUCAUGUGGACACAUGCUGUUUGGAGACGGGACCAAGAUGGGAAUAAACGGAUCUACAGAUGAUGAGGACCCUCCUGUCUUGGUGUAUUUCUUGACCGGCGCGUCAGCAUUAACCACCAGCCUGUGUGUUUUAAUGGCUUUCUUGGUGUGCAUGACGAACAGGAGACACAGCUGCCUCUGCACAGAGUCUCAAGCAAGAUUUUCAGCUCCCUCCACAACAAAAGUCAAGGGUUACCAAAAUGAGGAUAAUGACUAUGAGAAUAUUUCAAGGGAGAACAGGGUCAACAGACGGAGACGACAGAGAGACAGCACCUGGAGUGAAUGUGUGUACUCCAGUGUAAAGAAGUAGAGCGGCUUCAUCUUUGUCUUUGUGUAGCGAAACAUGACUUCAUAUUGACUUUUAAAAGUAUAAUACGGCUUUUGUAAAUACAAUUUUACCUAACUAUGAUGACUGUAAUGCAUUGCUUUUUAAUAAACACAAUAA